CUUCUCCGGCCGUAGAGAACAUUUGGGUCUUGUAGUCUACGAUAAGAGAGUCAAAGCUUUUCAAAUAGGAAGCUUGAGCAGAUUGAAUCUGUGUCCAUCCAAUAUGACGAACCAAUUUCCAGAUCAUGUCAUCGGAAUUCCGGUGAACUCAGUAUCUUAUUCAGUUGAAAAAUCAGCUGAGAAACAUACUACUAUAUCAGAAACUGCUAGCCCAUAUUUUAUUUCCACUCCUUCAAAGGAGUCUCCCAGAUCCAGACAAUAUAGAGUUGACACACUGAUAGAAUGGAUCAACAAACUGGGAAAAAUGGCUAACAGUUUCACACAUGGAGUUUGUGAGCAUGUUAGAUUGGGGCCCAAGGUAUCUGCAACUGUGAAGGGGAAAUUGAGGUUGGGAACCAGAAUUCUUCGAGAAGGUGGUGUUGAGAAGUUAUUCAAGCAGAUCUUCAAUGUUAGAGAAGAAGAGAAGCUAUUAAAUGCUUCCCAAUGUUAUUUGUCAACAACAACUGGUCCUAUUGCAGGGCUCCUCUUUAUCUCCACUGAAAAUGUUGCCUUCUGCAGUGAGAGAUCUCUUAGAUUCACUCUGCCAACACAAGAGUUGAUUAGAACACCUUACAAGGUCAUGAUUCCAUUACAGAAGAUAAAGGGAGCCAACCAAAGUGAAAAUGUGAAAAAUUCAAACCAGAAGUACAUACAAGUUGUCACUGUGGAUAAAUUUGAGUUCUGGUUUAUGGGUUUUCUAAAUUAUCAGAAACCUUUCAAAUAUAUUCAACAGGCCAUCUCUUUAUCUUAAGGAGUCAGUUCUCUUUCAAUAUAACAAGAGAAAUUGACUUUUCCUACAAGGAAUUCUGCCAAGGUUAAAGUAUCAGAUUCAUAUUUCCUGAAUCUGGUAAAGGGUGAAAACCUUCAUUGAUGCUGAGACUUGAGAAGUUAUCCUAAAGGGUCUCCCAGGUGAUGGUGAUUCUCUGUGCAAUUCUGGACUGAUCUUUCAGUGCCACAUCACGAAAGUUUCUCUCGUGAAUUUGAUGAGACGUCCUAAAACUCAUGUGCCCUGAGUAUAAGAUUUGAAAGGGUGAAGAGAGAUGGAAUUGAUCAGCUCUCUAUCCUCAAGAGAAGAAGUCAAGCUAUAUAAGGCAUGCCCAUGAGAGAUUGAAACACAGAAGAUAAACUUAUCUAGACCUCAUGAUCCAAUCUCUUAGAGAAGGCCAUCUGAAAGCCCCCCCCCCCUCAUUGCAUCGUGCAAUUGCUUGCCCCGACUUUGGCAAAACUUGAAGGUUCGCAAUGAAGCCAGUCUCAAAGUCCAGAAUCUAAACCCACAUCAUAGCAUCUGUAAGGCAUGAAAAUUUCAGAGAGUUCUCAAUACCCAACCAGAAAAUCAUCAUGAGGUUCAAUCAGUACAAAAGAGAAUUGAGGUCCUAUUCCGAUUAAUACGUACAUUCUCCAUACAAAUGAUGGUUAUUGGCUGCAAAGGUAAACUAUCAGCCAUGUUUCAGGGAGAUUUCGGCCAACAUAAAGGUUCUCCGUGGUGGAAUUGUCUUGCGAAUUUAAAUGGUAAAGACGGCAAAGUUGAGUUCGGCAAUUCAGUCCUGGUCAAAGCCUUGAUUGAAGAAGCAUCAAGAAUCCAUUUUAUUGAAGUUGAUAAGUCCAUGUAAAUGGUGCCUGGAAGCAUCUCUCAUUUUUCUCUUCUUUUCUUGUAAAUACUAACUUUAUUCACAUGAAUUCAUGUAUAGAUUUCAUGUUAAAGUUAAUGAAUUAUGUCUCUAUACAAAGCAUAAAAAGUCUUUUGGAUCUUUGGAUGUAAGAAAA